AUGUCCGCAGUCCUCACCAUGGCGGUGGGGAUGCUACUUAUUGACAUCUCGGCCUUGCAGGAAAACAUGGUUUGCACAACGGACUACAGUAACGCAAGCAAGUGCCCAGAAGUCUUCUUUGCCCAAAGCUACCAUGCGGCCAGAAUGAAGUUUAAGGAGGCGGCCCAAGAGGCGGGUGCGGCGUGGGAGCAGCACAGUGUUCUCCAAGAAGACGGUUUCGACUACACCGUUGAUACCGCGUUUGUGCGUGGAAAACGCUCCAAGAACCUCCUCGUCCACAUGUCUGGCGCACGCGGGGUCGACGGAUUUACAGGGAGUGCCGUGCAGGUGAAGCUGCUGCGCGAGUGGAACAGCAGUCGCGAGGAUGGUCCGUCUGUGCUUUUUGUGCACGCCGUCAAUCCGUAUGGCAUGGCGCACUUCCGUACUUGCAACGAGGAGAAUGUCGACCUCGGUAGCAACUACCUUUCCCCGAAGGACUGGGAAGGGGUCUUGGCUCUCAACCCAAACAGCUCUGGCUACGAUGAGGUUUUGGAAUCGUUGCAGAUGUCGCGGGCCCCGCGUUUUAUUGACCGCUACAUGUUUCUUUUUCGCCUCGUCAAGGGGAUCGCCACAAAGGGCCUCGGCGUCCUCAAGCAGACUCUCUCCACCGGCCAGUAUCACCGUUCCGAUGCUGUUGGCUUUGGUGGUCAUGGGGAGCAGCGCGCCAUCACCGUCCUUCGUGAGAUACUCAAAUCACAGUCCAUAACGGGCAUUGAGAAAUCGAUUCUGUUGGAUGUGCGUACUGGCCCCGGCAAGGAGGGAGCAGAGACGAUUGUUCCCAGCUCGCGUGAGGAUGCGGCCAUCGCAACGACCAUCUUCACGGGCGCAAAGGUGGUGAGCAACAACGGCGGUGCGGAGUCGACGGGUGACAUUGUGCCACGCGAUAUCCUUGGCGAAAACAGUCUCACCUUCAAGGAGACUUUUGGGACGAUGCGGUGGCUCUUCGUGGUGCGUGCGCUGUUUCUGGAGAAUGCGGCCUGCAACUACGCAAAGGGGAGCCACACCCACGCCGUGAUGCAGGAAUGGGUGCGGGAUGCCUUCUACCCGCAGACAAUGUCGUACAAAAAUGCGGUGCUGAAGAAGGGCGUGAUUGCUUUCAACUGUGCGUGGAGGCAUUUAUCAGAAGCCUAG